CUGUUGGGGCAGCGACUCGUGGUGGUGACUACCACGCGCUUCGAAUGGGACGAAGCAAAUGGUCGAAUCAAUAGCGUUUACAGCACAAACGACAUCGUCACACCGCUACUGAAGAUUUUGGGAAACUUAGAGGACGUAGCGCGCGUGAUGAAGAAACCUCUC